AGUCCCGCCCACAGGCGUGAAUCGGGAAAACAUGGCAGCUAUCAUCAACAGCAACAUGGACAUCCCAGCGUCUUUCGCUGGCAUUUUGAAUGAAAAACACCGCUCAGAACACUUGCAGGUCCUAAAAACAUUCACCACUGCGUUACGGGACAAGGACUACAGAGAUGCCGUGGAGGAGGAGGCCUUCUCCAGCCUUUUAAAGGUCUUGUCCCGACUGUAUGAUGAGCUGCAGGCCGUCAGCAGUGAGGAUGAGGAGCUGCAGUCUGCCGCCCUGCAGCUGCAGCUGUGCGCUGAGUGCUUCAGGGCUCAGAGGAACGCCUGUGUCCAGAGCACUCGCAACCAGAGUGUACUCAGGGAGGUUGGUUUCAUUGAUGUAUCUCUUAAACUGCUGAGCCUCCUUCGGAUCCCAAAUUUGGAGAACAGAGAUGACAUACUUGAACCUCUUCGUUGUGGGAUCCAGUUUCUCGGUAACCUGGCCGUUGGAAACCAAAUGUGUAAAGAUGACAUUUGGCAGCAGAGUUUCCCAAAUAUCCUCCUACAGCUGCUAAGUGUUGACGAUGAGAAGGCGGUGAACUACGCCUCUAUGGUGCUCCACACAUGUCUGGAUGAAGCCAAGGUGGAGGAACUGUCCGAGCCACAGAACAUCCCGGUGGCUCUCAGGGUGAUGGAGCUCUGCAGGACCCAGCCGGACCUGGACUGGACGGUUAUCAUUGCCACCCAACAUUUCCUCAAGUCUUCAGCUCUUGUGGAAAGCAUGUACUCUGGGAUGUCUCACCAUGAAAGAGUUACCCUGUUAGAGCUGCUCUUUGCCCAGCUGAGAGAGGAGGACUCAGAUGAGUGUGGCGUCCCACCCAGCGUGGCUCGUUUCCUGGCUAGUACCUUCCAGAAAGGUUGUGGAGCCGUGCUGACGCUCGCCACUGGCUCUGUCUCCAGUGAGGAGGUCCUGCAGGAGGCACUGACAGUGAUAAGUUUACUGGACGUGCUGUGUGAGAUGACCUCAGACUGCAGCCAGUUCAUGUUCCUGCAGGACCAUCCUGACCUUCUAAUGACCACUGUUGAGCUCCUGGAGCAGGUGCAUGCCAUCGGGAAGGCCAGCAAGAAUGUUUUCAGUUCUGCACAAAACUUCUCCUCCUUCGGUGGAGAUGGAGACCAGUCUCCUGUCAUCAGCUUCAAGGCCCACCUCAUUAGGCUGAUAGGAAACCUGUGUCACAACAACACCAACAACCAGAACAAGGUGAGAGAACUGGAAGGCAUCCCCCUCAUCUUGGACAACUGCAACAUAGACAGCAACAACCCUUUUAUCAGCCAGUGGGCUAUCUUCGCCAUCAGGAACCUCCUGGAACGCAACACACAGAACCAGGAGCUGGUUGCUUCCCUGGAACGCCGUGGCAGUGCAGACUACUCAGCGCUCAGGGAGUUGGGUUUCCUGGUGGAGGAGCGAGAUGGAAGCCUGCUGCUCAAAACUGUGAGGAAAGACUCGUAAAGCCUCAGGAGCAAACAAGAGAGAGGAGGUCCUCCAGCCCUGCACGCAGGUUCUCAUGUGAAGUAUUUAUUUAGAAAAGGAUAAGGCACAUGUGUAUAUACACGUGUGAACAUGCUCUCUUGUUGUUCUCCAAGCCACAUUAAUGUUACCUAAUACUUAAGCUUCAUCUGCUGGUGAA